GCUUUCUCCCUCCGGUGCCGACGUCCUCCGUCAGUAUUUCAGUUACCGUCCGGACUGAAAUUCACACAAAAUUAUGGCGGCAAUAAACAGCAGAACCGGCAGAAGCUUUGCCGGAGGAGGAGCAUCAACUCCCUCAUGCACACGCACCCACCAGAUCGGAGCUCUGGCUCUGGUGAUCACUACUUUCUUCCUCACUCGACUCUUCGACCAAAGCUUCUCCCCUUCUUCCUCAUUCCCUGGCCAUUACACUUCCCUCAGUAACUUCGACGACGCCGUUUCUGUUAGCUCCGGCGGAUCCCUUUGUUGGCCGGAAAGAGGUUACGGCACUCGCUUGUCGAUAAAGAUCUACGUUUAUGAUGAAAACGAAAUCGACGGGCUUAAAUUGUUGCUUUAUGGCCGGGACGGGAAGAUUUCGCCGGAGAGUUGUAUUAAAGGGCAAUGGGGUACUCAGGUUAAAAUACACAAGAUGCUUUUACAAUCAAGGUUCCGUACCAGAAAGAAAGAGGAAGCUGAUUUGUUCUUCGUCCCAGCUUAUGUCAAAUGUGUUCGGAUGAUGGGGGGCCUAAGUGACAAAGAAAUUAACCUAACUUAUGUGAAGGUACUUAGUCAGAUGCCACAUUUUAGGUUGUCAGGGGGGCGUAACCAUGUAUUUAUUUUCCCAAGUGGCGCUGGAGCUCACAUAUUCAAGUCCUGGGCUACAUAUUUGAACCGUUCGAUAAUUCUUACACCGGAGGGAGACAGGACUGAUAAACGAGAUACCAGUGCUUUCAAUACAUGGAAAGAUAUUAUUAUUCCUGGAAAUGUUGAAGAUGGAAUGACUACUCAUGGGGCUAAACUUGUUGAGCCUUUACCUUUAGCAAAGAGGAAGCAUUUAGCGAAUUUUCUUGGCCGAGCACAGGGAAAAGUUGGUCGCCUUCAGUUGAUAGAGCUUACCAAGCAAUUUCCAGAUAAGUUGGAAUCUCCAGAGUUGAAGUUCAGUGGUCCAGAAAAACUUGGAAAGGCAGAAUAUUUUAAACACCUCCGCAAUGCGAAGUUCUGUUUAGCUCCGCGUGGGGAGUCAUCAUGGACUCUUCGCUUUUAUGAGUCCUUCUUUGUGGAGUGUGUGCCUGUCAUUCUAUCAGAUCAAGUGGAGUUGCCUUUUCAGAAUGUUGUUGACUACACCCAGAUAUCAAUUAAAUGGCCGUCUACACGAAUAGGUGCCGAAUUGUUGGAGUAUUUAGAAUCAAUUCCUGACAAAAACAUUGAAGAGAUGAUAGCUCGGGGAAGGCAAGUAAGAUGCUUAUGGUCUUAUGCUCCUGAAACUGAGUCAUGUUCUGCAUUCAAUGCAAUCAUGUGGGAACUUCAGAAGAAAGUGAGGCAGUUCCACCAGUCAUCUGAGACAUUCUGGCUACAUAACAGAACCAUAGUCAAUAGGAAUUUGGUGGAAUUCAGCAAGUGGAAACCUCCAAUGCCUCUUCCCUAAGUGAAUGAAUGUCUGUCGAUAAUGCCAGAUUUUAGCAGGAUUCACUACUCAUGUUGUAAGCAUUUUUUGGUUAUACUCGAGAAGAAAGCAGCAUCCCAGUGUAUAGACAAUCAUUAGUCUGAUGAUGAAUUCCAUUAAUUUGCCGAUGUUAUUCUUCCUAUAGUUGAGGGAGUAGCUCCUCACCACUACGUACAGUUUUUGCCCCUCUAUUCAUUAAGUAUUUGGUAAUAUUUACUCACUACUUCCCUUAAGUCAAUGCACUUAGCAACUGAUGGGAUGUAAAACCACAUUUUUGUAGCAUCAGGUGAGCAUGCAACAAGAGUUGGGAAAAUCAGAAUGCAUUUGGUCUAUGAUUCAACCACUCUUAUCACAAGUUGGAAGCUGCUCAACGUCCCGCGGAAAUACACUGUAAGGUGGAGUAAAA